AUGGAACAAGAAUAUUACAACAAUCAAGGCACCUCUCAAGGGCGGCCAAUUGUUCCGUUUCCUUCCGCGGCAACCUCGAUCAACGCAACACCGCUGCCACCAGGUACUCCGAAUACUGAUCGGAGCCGUCGUGACCCAUUUGGUGAGGGUGCCGAUGCAUCCUCUUCCCAUCAGCGCCAUGCUAGUAGCAAUGGACCCGCGAAUCCAUUCUCAACGCCAGGGAUUUCACGCCCGGCCUCAAGCUAUGGCUCCUCCAGUCUCCAAGGCUACCGGAGUGACGAAAAAGGACAGCGGUUCUUCCACUCAAGAAGGGUACAAAAGGGAGAGGUCGAGAAGCCUUGGUUGGGUGAGAAGAAUCCAAAGGAGAAAUGGGUUACCAUCUUCCCAUUAAUUGGCAUCCUCGUUGGCUUGGGUAUCUCAGGCUUUUUAGUUUGGGAUGGGCUCCGAAGCGUCGUGCAUCACAGUUACUGCCCUGUCAUGGACGAAGACUUUAGCGGUGGCCUUGAUUCUAAUAUAUGGACCAAAGAGAUUGAGCUUGGCGGCUUCGGUAACGGUGAGUUUGGUAUGACGACUGGCGGAGAUGAGAAUGUUUUUAUUGAAAACGGCCAUCUUGUCAUCAAAGCAACCCUUCAGGAUGCUGAGAAGAUCGAAAAGGACACAGUGAUGAACUUGCUUGAUGACGGCACCUGCACAUCGGACAAGUGGAUUAAUUGCGUCGCUGCGACAAAUACCACGGCAGGGAACUCUAGCAUAGUCCCGCCUACGAAGACCGGUAGAAUCAACACCAAGAAGGGAGCAUCAAUCAAGUAUGGCCGUGUGGAAGUUACUGCUAAACUUCCCAAGGGCGACUGGCUCUGGCCUGCCAUCUGGAUGAUGCCUGUCAAAGACACAUACGGCGUCUGGCCAGCCUCGGGUGAGAUUGAUAUUCUUGAAUCCAGGGGGAACAACUGGACGUAUGCCCAAGGUGGAGAUAACAUCAUGUCCUCGGCACUUCACUGGGGCCCGGAUGCAGCCAAUGAUGCUUGGUGGAAGACGAACAACAAGAAUCAGGCCCUGCACACAGCCUUCAGCUCCGGUUACAACACAUUUGGCCUUGAAUGGUCACAGAAGUACCUCUUCACUUAUGUCAACUCUCGCCUUAUGCAAGUCAUGUAUGUCAACUUCAACAAACCAAUGUGGGACCGCCAGGCUUUCUCAGAAACCACGACGAAUGGUUCCAGAAUCAUCGAUACCUGGAGCCAGACUGGUAACAAAAAUACCCCCUUCGACCAGAAGUUUUAUCUCAUCCUCAACCUGGCUGUUGGCGGUACCAAUGGGUGGUUUGAGGAUGGAAAAUCAGGUAAACCUUGGCUUGACCAGUCUCCAAAUGCCAAAAAGGACUUUUGGAAUGCCCGGGAAACCUGGAUGUCCACUUGGGAGCGGCCACAAAUGGAAAUUAAGCGGGUUGUCAUGAUGCAGCAGUGCGACGGCAACGAGGAGCUUUAG